CGAUCGUUUUGCCCAUCGUGUGAGUACUGUCAAUCCAUCACAGUUCAAUUACUAUUGAUGUCCGGGUGUGUCUACUCCUAUCAAACUAGUACCGACCCUUCCCCAUUUCCCUAAAUCGAUUCCGCUUCCCUUCCACCUAUCAACAUUGCUACGAGAAUGAUGACAGUUCAUCAUGUGGCAGUUGGCUGCGAGAGCUCUAUGUGGUAGGAGUUUUAAAAUUGCAGCCCCUUAAAUUUUUAAAGUCAAUUCUCACUCUAAUCUCUAGGAAAUCCACACGAGACAUCAGUGCAGUGCAUAAUUUUCAAUAUGUGCACAAGUUUAAAAAAUCCGGGACGUCAUUUAUUUUUAUCACUUCCAUUAUUGGUCUUGUGCUAGAAGUGCGCGGGUGACUAAGUCCUAGGUACAGAGUUACCCUUGGAUGUACUAAUUCGGUACAUCUAAGAAUUGCAUAACUGGUGACAGCCUUCCUCUGGACCAGGUGAUCACACACCAUCAGAUUAAUAGUGCAACGAUCAAUUUAUCGUUUUCAAGGACAAUAAAUAUAAUCAUCAGAGUGAAGAAGGAUAGAUAAUAUUAAUGAUGUAUUUAAUAAUAACCGUGGGUCUACUUCUGGCAGGAGUAUUAUCCGGUAGUGAGGCGAAGUGCAGUUUGACACCAGUUGAAACUGGCGACCGCACAAUAGCCUAUGUAUGUCUUCAUGGUGAUCUCAAGGAUUUGGAUGAUGUGCCAAAUGAAGCUGAGUGGAUCGAAUUCACGGUCGCACGUUUUGACGUCAUCCCCGCUGACGCUUUUGCACGAUUUUCCCAGCUGCGAAAACUCACGUUCUUUAAUUGUAAGCUUAAUGAAUUGAAUGCAGAUGCAUUCCGCGGCCUCGAUCAGCUCGAGAUGUUGGUCAUGUUCAAUACAAAAGUGGGCGUCGCCAGGGCCGCGGUAUUCCAGCAUAUUCCAAAUUUGAAAAUAUUGAAACUCGAGGGAACGGGAUUGAUGUACAUUGAGCCAGAAGUGUUCGAAAUAUUGAGUAAGAGAUUAGAAGAACUCAGCAUUAGGAAUAAUGAUAUAGAUUGUCUUCCGGUUGAGGCCUUAACCAAAAUUGAGAGACUGAAGAUUAUGAAAAUCGAUGACAAUCCGUGGUCGUGCGAUUGUAAGAAUUCACUUCUCACGUUUUUGCAGAGUAAAAAUAUUCAGCAAAUGUCGAAUAAUGAUUUUACGCAUCAUCGACGGAAAAGAGGUCACUAUUCUACCUGGUCCAGCGAACAAACUUACGAGACCAAUUCCAGUCGUUACGUUUACGAUUGCAUGGUCGUCUUAAAAUAUCCGCCACUUCCUCCACCGAAUGUGAUCACUGAUACAAAUUAUUAUAAUCGUUACAACAUCGAACGACGCGAGCAGAAAGUAACGAGUAUUCAUAAUCUAGAUCAUCUGCCAGAUAAUAUCGGUUGGUUGGAGAUCUUUGAUGUGCACAUUCCGAUCCUGCAGCGAUACAUGUUCUUCAGAUUUGGCAAUACCUUGAGGAGUAUUACUCUCAGAAAUUGUGGAAUCGAAUCGAUCGAGCUUGAGGCUUUCGCUGGACUGCACAAGCUCGAACGAUUAGUUAUCACUGGAGCUAGAUUGCCGACUAUUAGGAGCUGUUGGUUCCGUGACCUUGGAAGACUUACCGAACUUGUUCUUGAAAAUUGUAAUGUUGAAAAAUUUGAAUAUGGCGCCCUGGAUCGUCUCAGCAAUUUAAGAAUAUUGGAUCUCAAGGCGAACAGACUCAAUUGUCUUCCUGGAGAUGUUAUUGGUGGUCUAGGGAAUCUCGAGAGACUCGAUGCCAGUCAGAAUCCCUGGCUUUGUUCCUGUCGACAGGAUUUGGAGAAUAAUUUAUUGAGGCGACGGAUUGGCUACGAAAUCAGUAACAGAGGGAAUAAUGGCGUUGGCUGCUUGCAAGGAAGUGAAGUCAGUCGGCCAAACGAUUAUAAUGAAUUCUACAAUCACACAUCGAGCGGAUGGAUACGAUGGAGCUGGGGUUACGCGACUCAACAACCUCGACCAACUCGACCUCGACCCGUCACACCUAGACCACCCCCAGUAAUACAAACUACUCCACCUCCAAUUCGUCACAACGGCUGUAGAUCAGUACCAGCAGGACAUUAUUACGACAGCCAGUACUACAAUCAGCUGCGCGGCCAUACAUACUUCUGCGAAGACGCAUCCCUCAUCGAUAUCCGUCAGAUUCCGUCAAUAACGGAAACCAUAAUAUUCUCCAAAUCAGUAAUCCCCAUUCUGCGAUCUGAUACCUUCCGCGAGUUCGAUGGAUUCCUAAAGCGAUUAGAGUUCCGUGACUGUUCGAUACGAGAGAUUGAAGACCGCGCCUUCGCUGGAAUCAGAAAUUUACAAGUUCUCAUUUUACGUGGAAAUGAUAUUAAAGUCAUUCGUACCGAAUGGUUCACGGAGACUGGUAAAUUGCAACAUCUCAAUUUGGCACACAAUAACAUUCACGAGAUCGAAACGAGGGUCUUUCACAUGGUGCCAUACCUCGUCAGUCUUGAUAUAUCAGAGAAUAAAAUCAAUUGUCUCACAACCGAGAAAUUGCAGAGCCUCCGGCACAUUCGUGAGUUACAUCUGGCUGACAAUCCGUGGACUUGUUUGUGCGCGGAAGCUUUACAUCGUUUUAUCAAUAGUCGAAAUCUUUUCUGUUCAAAUACCUGUUUAGAUAUGGUCUUGAAAGACAGAUGUCAUAAUGGUGGCUUCACUCCUAGACCAGGAACUACUAUCACUCCUUCUCCACCACCUCCAUCAACAACUAUGCAUCCUCCACUUCCGUUACCCGAUUUCCAUGUGAAUAUCAGUGGUUCCUGCUUUGCAGAUCACGAUGGCAAGCAUUAUCACUGCAGUAAUGGUGAUCGUUUCAUACUUGAUCAAAUACCUAGUUGGGUAUCAUCCAUCGAACUCUACAACUGCUACAUAGAACACCUACCCGCUUCCACAUUCUCCAGAUUCGAAAAUCUCACAGAACUCAUCUUACGUAACUGUUCAUUAAACGAAAUCGAUGAACGCGCGUUCUAUGGACUGCGAAGACUUGAAAAACUGACGAUUAAGGGUAAUAAUUUUGCGGUAGUUAGGGAGGGAUGGUUCCAUCACUGUGAGAAUCUCUAUCGGCUAGAUCUGAGUAAUAAUUACCUCGUGGAAAUAGAGUCGAGAGCGUUCCAUAAUUUGAAGUAUCUCCAGUAUCUUAAUUUGGAGGAUAACAUGUUUAGUUGUAUCUAUACCGAUUCAUUCACCCAUCUGUCUCGAUUGGAUACCGUUGAGUUCAGCAGAAACCCAUUAAAGUGGAGAUGCUGGCAGGAGCUUAAGCAGUUUUUGGAAGUGAGAACUAUCGGAUACACCGAUCAUAAGUGCCCGUAUGAUGCUACGCAUCUCGUUAGAGAUUUACAGAAGGAUGGGUCGAAUCGACCUCAGAACUAUACGGGUCAAGCCAUCACCAAUGAUGUUACUUAUUUUGGAUUUAUACUCACUGUUGCCAUGGUAUAUUCCCUCCGUUAAUCAAGAUAGUCUGCGCGGAGAGAGAUAUGCACGAAAAAUUACUCGUCUCGUAUUUGUAAACGCGGGAUAUGGCACUGGCCUGAUGAAAAGUUAUGUGAAAUUCAUGAAAAAUCACUGCAGUUCUCCGGAAUAUUUACUGCGCAGGGCAACAAAAUUUACUGGACUGAUCCUCAAUUUUCUCCGAAGUUCAUUCGAUCUUCUAAAAUGUACUGCUAAAAAUCUGAAAUAUUCGUACUAGUUAUUCACUUUUUACUGCACUUCCAGUAAAUUUUACUACACUUCCAGUA